GUCAUAUUGAAUUAGGACCUCUGCCACGAUGCCGAAUAUUUACCAAGUUCCCGAGGACGGCUCCAUCUCCCCGAGUCAGCUGCAAGCAGAAUUCAACGCUCUGGCGCGGUACCACCAGCAACUGGGACUUGGACACCAUCGCUUAGAAGGAGAUUAUUCCAGCUUCUUGUCUAACCAUCGGAACGCCGAAAACAUGGUUCCCGGUUACGAAAUUGGCAGCAAGAAGAGGAAACUGCAAGGUACGCCAGGCGUCGGCGUCAAGCGGGAAUCUGACGGCGAAGGCUCUGACAGUUCAACCGGACGUUCGCGAAAGAAACCUUGCCAGAGCUACGAGGAGCUUCAGAGCCAGCGCAUGAUGGCCAACGUCCGCGAGAGGCAACGGACGCAGAGUCUCAACGAAGCUUUUGCGUCGCUGAGGAAGAUCAUUCCGACGAUGCCCUCAGAUAAGUUGAGCAAGAUACAGACGCUAAGGUUGGCCGCAAUGUACAUCGCGUUCCUCUUCCAAGUGCUCGGCAGUGACGAACACGAGAGCAAACUGAGCAGUUCGUGCAGUUAUAUCGCGCAUGAACACUUGAGCUACGCGUUUUCUGUGUGGAGAAUGGAAGGCGAAUGGGCAGGACAGUGAGAAAGGACAUCCAUGCAGCCUUGCGGUGUGCCAGCGAUUUAAGUUAUUCCAGAGCAAUGAAGGAAAGUUUCAGGCACGUUCAAACAGAGCAACAAUGUACAGCUACAUACCAAAGAGAACGGAAGGAAGAUUUCAGGAAGCCAAAGAAACACCGAAGGAAGAGGACAAUGGCGAGUACUGCAUCAGAUUGUGUCCCGGGAGUUACGGACUGUAUUAUUUUCUUCGAUGAUAUACUUAAUGUACAACUCCACAGCACUUGUUGGUUUGUGCAAAAAGUGCCUUCGUUAUGUCGGACCACGUAUUUUAUUAUACUUCUUAUACCAUACGCGUAUUAAGAUAAGAACGGAAUGUAUAUUUUUCUAUAAAGGGCGUUCAUAUUUUCGAAUUGCGCCGUUCGUCUGCAUGACAGUGUUUCCAAGGAUAUAUUCAAGAAGUACGAAUGACAUUAUUGGUAUGGUUGUGCGUAUGGAAGAUUUGUAUUAUCUAGAUUUAUCUAUAAGAGAGCUCACAUUUCAGGAAUGAUUAUUUGCAAUACAUGGAUGAAAUUAUGUGUGUAAAAGAUUGAUUCAGCAAGUUCUUUUUUUUUUUUGCAAGACUGUAACUGGGGUUGGGUAACCGUGCAAUACUGUCAUGUAUAUUGUUUUCUUUGUCGUUUUUUGCAAGAAUGCAACUGAGGUUGGGUAACCGUGCAAUACCGUCAUGUGCAUGCAUUUUAUAGAUGUCGCUGUGCCAUCUUUGUAAUCUCAAUCUGCCAUCUAUGUGAUAUUUUGUGAAGGAAUGUGUAUAUAUAAGUUGAAUGUGCAAUACAGAUUGUAAACCCUUUCCAGUAGUACGGAUAGUCAAUUUUGUAUAGAAGAGCAGAUAUGAGUUCUUCACUCACUGUGUGCAAUAGCGAGUGUCUCCAGUUAAAGACUUUCCUGCUUGAGUUGUACAUAUUUUCAGACAAAGCAUCCUUCGCCAAGAGCGGAUGGCAUGUGCAGAUGUAUAGAACUGUUUUGGCAAUCAGUAGUGCAAUCCACUGUUUCCGUUGACUUGCUUGUGCAAUACCUACUAUGAAUGCCAUAUAUAUGCUCCAAAAUAAAGAUAUAUUUCGAGCCU